AUGGCUUCGAAAAGUGGGCCCGAGACAUGCCGGACCUGCCAUCGUUCGUUCAAAACAACAUUGAACCCAUGUGUGGCUGAUCCGCAGCCUGAAAAUCUGUUGAAGCGACGUGCAGCUGGAGCUGCACAGUGCAAACCUUGUUUCAACUUCAUGAUGUACGAGGAUCCCUAUCGCAACAUGUCCACGGAGGAGCGCUAUCAGCAUUGUGAUAAUGAGGAGAACCACAAGGAGUACAUGGGCCGUUUGAAUCCUUGGGAGGAAUCGAGAAGGAGGGGGGGGCGCCGAGCUCGAGGUGCAGGCUCUUCGACCGCCGAGGCUGUGAACGAGUCGUCGCUCGAAACGCGGCAGGUGAUGGGGUACCUUUGGCCCGUCAGCCUGCUGAAAGCCCAUCAAAAGCCAGUGCCAAAGAAACUUCAGUCCAUUCCCCACAUGGGCAAGCAAGUGAAAGGUGCGAUUCUCCACGAAUUCGUGGUCGGGGCGAUCGAGGUAGCCACUCAAUCUGCGAAAAAGGCACGGAUUACAACAGUUGUGGCGGAUGCUGAUGAGUUGGAUCGGGAUGAUUCCUCCUCUGCUUUCGCUUCAAUGCAAAGAUCUGUGGCUAUCUCGUCUGCGGCGUCGUCGAUCGAAGGCCACGACAUGCAGCUCAAGAUCAAGGCGAAGGGCAGCACGGACAGCGAUGACGAGAUGGCGGCAAUCUUGUGGGGUGAUAGCAGCAUCGGAGGUGCGAAGGCCGCAAAAGAUUCGGAUUCGGACGAGGACAAGCCCAAGAAUGCCAAGAACAAGCGAAAUCGCACUCGCGGACGAGAUAGCUUGCCCAACACUUCCGGCGGUAACAUCGGCGGCCCAUCCGACCUAUCGAACCCCGCAGGCACCCCAUCUUCAUCGUCUCUUACGGCUACUCCAAGCACCCUCGGUGGCUUCGGCAACCCUGGCACUGGCAAUACCUCCUUGUCCAGUCUCGGCUCACUGCUGACAUUGCCCAGGGCUUCGAAGAAACGGGGCAACGAAGUCAGAGAGCUAGAGCGGUCCGAACAAAUAUGCCUUCAGGCUGAGCACUUCAAGGCGGCGCUGCAAGACCCGAACACCAAGCUGGAGCUCAACAAAGUCGUCAAGCUUAAAGAAAGGAUCCAGCAAAGACUCACGGACGAGUUCACGACCAUGUACAUGGAUGCCGUGCGAACCCUAGGACCUGAAUGCCGUGCCGCCAAGGUGUGGGACAACUUGAAGGAUUCCUUUCGAUUGGUGGAGCUGGCUUGCGACUUCAUCGAGGCCCUGGCGGACCAAGAAGCUACUCCAGACACGUUGUCGUCACGUGCAAGAAGCUUGGAGGAGCAGGCUUCAGUCAAGCUACCCCGCAGCAUCACGAGCGCAAUAUGUCGCAGAUCAGCAGAGGAGCUCAUGCAGGCGGGCAGCUAUGACAAGGUGAUUGCAUUCCUGGAUCCAACUGCACAGGAAAAGUUUCCCAAUGGUAUCGCCGCCGUCAUGCCUGCCGAGGACCCCUCCAAUCCAUCCGCACCCGUUUCAGUUCCAGAUGAUGUUCGCGAUUUCCAGGUCACAUGCUUGGUCGCCUGCCUGACCCAGUUGUUUAUGACACCCGUUCCGCCUGUGACGAAGGACGGAACCGAGGACCAGAAACUUGGCCCAAAACGAGAGGAAGUCUUGAACGGCACGAUCGGCAAGCUAAACGACUUCUUCAAGGUUUGGCAAAGCUCGUCUUUGUGCUCCCAGUUAACCGAGGCGAAGAAUAGCAUCGUCGACGAGAUGGCGAAACUGUUUAGCCUCGUGACCGCCGCAGUGAACACUACCCCGGUUUUCAAGGAAGCUGCUGCUUGCGAGCAGCUGGAAGCUACUAGAACCGGUUUGCUGAAGGUUAAGACAGGAGUCUUCUAUGCCGCGAUCGCCAUGAGCCCGAUCGGGAGUGAGAUUUGUGCUCGUGUCUCACAGGGAGUGCAACAGCAUCGUGCAGACGUUCUUCUUUCCAUGGAGCUUGAAUCCGCCCUCGAGAUUGCUCAAAGUUUGAAAGCCCUGAACCCAGAGAGCCUCCUCAAGACGAAGGAUGGCGAGGUGGAGGUGGUCGUUCCUCAACAGCAUAAGAUCGUGGAUAUGGUUUCCAAGCUUGCAUGCUUCAAGGAGAAAGCGAGCAAGGAUCUGCAGGAUCGUUCUGUGGAACCUUUGACAGUCAUCGAAAGUAAGAUUACAGCAUUGUCGUCUUCGCUGGAGGUUCUGAUUUCACAGAGAUACACAAGUAAGUUCAGUGAUUCCAUGACACCAUUGAUGGCGGCAAUGACUAAAGGUGCCUUGGGCGAGGACUCCCACAAGUUGUACGAAAUGAUCACUUGCAUGGUAGCAUAUCUUCCCUUGGGCAAAAUUCCGCUUUGUAAGCUCCUCGGAAAGGCUUCUGGCGAGGCUUUUGAGCGGCGCCUAGCUGUCGUGGCCGCCUUUAUGUGCUUGCUUAAGGAUGGCUUCGCACUCAUUGUGAAGAUGCUGACCAAGGAUUUCAAUGAGGAUCUGCUCUCGCAGCCUGCGGUCACGGAAUUCUACACCAAGCUCCAGGACAAGGAGGCCCGAGAUCUCUUGGCAAACACCGCUCCCUUCCUUGAGACGUCCUUCCAGCAAAUGCUCGAUGCUAUGCAAGCAUGCCUCACCAGUUGGCUCGGUCAAGUCGGUUCCACGUUUGUGAAGUUCUUGAACAAGCUUUCCGAGCCCGACAUGACUGUGGAGGCGGUUCGCAUCACCCUCCGGGAGGAUGUCCUCGGAGCCUUCGAUGUCAAGGCCGUCAAUGCCGAUGAGGCCGAGCUCGAUUGGUUCUUCGCUUUCAACACCUACAUCAAGCAUAUGGGCACCCGGCGAGUGUUGUUGCCUGGGGAGGGUGGGGAGUCUAAGCAUGUGCAUGCCGCAUAUAUUUGUGUGGCUGGUGCCUUGCUUCGCAUCGCAAAGUAUGUGAUGGUCAUCCUGAGCCACGAGAAGGUGUGUCAGGACGAUAAGGUGCUCUUGUUCAGGGAGAUGUUGCAUGCAUCCGUGUCGGCACCGAAGGGGUCGUCCCCAGAGUGGGAGACGAAGAUGUCUAGGCUGAUUGGUUGCCAGGUUGUGUUCGAGAAACUUGCUCAGGUCACCGGGCGAUUUGAUGAAAUGUUCGAUCAGGCUUGCAGCAUCACUGGUGACAUGGAUAGUGUCACGGCGUUCUACAAGGCCAUGCAGACGGUCACCGCCGCAGCAGCCUCCGAAUUCAUUGCGGCUGUCGGCGCCGAUUUCGCGAGCAUGCAGGGUGCUGUGCUAACCCUCUACCAGGAUCUCACCGCCAAGAACGACCUUGACACGAUCUUCAAGUCGGACGUUUUGGACAAGCAGAGCAUGCUCGCCCUAUGCACCGAUCCUAACAUGCAAGGAAUUGUUCUGUCCUGUGCCAAAGCAGAGCGCUUCUUGCCAGAGGUCGCAAGCAUCCUUUCCCGGAUGAAGAAUUUGAAGGUGCCUCAAUGGAUGUCCGAGUCGACGGCUACAUUGAUCUCGGCCCUCCAAGACGACGUGCAGAAGUUUCAUGCGAUGGAUGGCUCAGUGGACAAGGACAAGCAGACCACCAAGAUUUCCAUGGCCACGGCCCGUUAUGUGAACGGCUCCAUGACACUUGGGCAGGCCUUGAGUAGGGACUUGCUGCCGGGAGAAACUCGUAUCGGACUGGUGGGCCGAUGCCAAAAUAUCCUGGCUAAGAAGGGCAUAGCCGUCGAACCCAUGUUGUUGAAAAAAGUCUCCGCCAUGAAAGGCGGUGGCAAGUGA